GAUUAAUGGGAGUGUUUCAUAAGCAGUUGGACUGUAUGAAGGAGCUCCAUUUGUUAAUCUUUGAAUGAAAACUUAUGUGAAUCAGUCAACUUCCUGCAAAAUUGAACCUUUUUGUUUUGAUUACUGAUCGGUGUGGAAGUGAUCCAACUUGAUCCUGAAAACUUUUUUUUUUAAAAUCUUGUAUGCAACUCAGAAACCAGCCAUGAAGAAAGGUUCUUUUUCGGGAAUCACAAGGACUGCAAGUGGAAAAUUGCGAAGAACUGCUGACAUCAGCAAUUCACCUUUGAAACGAUCGUUCGAGGUAGAGGAAGUGGAACAGGCAGCCCCGAAUCCUUCCACUCCCUCCAGGCGAAUUCCAACUCCUCUGUUGAGACCGAGUCAAUCAUCUGGACACAAAUAUCAAGAUUUGGGAGCAAAGUUUACAGAUCCAAGCUUGCAGCAGGCGGAAGCAUUGAAUGCUAAAUCACCAAAGUCUUCAGUCAAGAGAAUCGAAAUUUCAGGCUCUAAGCAUCCAGAGCAAAUCUCGCGGAGAGCAGAAAUUUCUAUUGACCUCUCUUCAAAGCAAGGGGAAGCUGCAAGUCAUGGUGCCCCAAAGGUUGGCCUUAAGAGGUCGGAACUUCUAGGCCACAAGCCUCCGGAAACGGUUCCUCGGAGAACGGAAAUAUCUGGAGCCAAGGUUCAGGAAAUCUCCUCGAGAAGAUUGGAAGCUGCAGGCUCCAAGCUCUCUGACUCCAUUCCAAGAAGAACUGAGAGCUUUGGAUCGUCCCCAACGGAGGCAUCUCCAAGAAAGGUGGAGAUUCAGGCAGCGAAGCAUCAAGAAGUCCCUGCCAAACAGGUGGAAAAUUCGAUCCCUCCCCACAAUAAUUACCAGCAACAACAGGAAGUGCAACCAGAGCAAGCACUGACUGAAAAUAAAGUAAAGAGCCAGAACAGUGCAGAAAAUAGCUCGACCAAAGCCAGCAGCAUGUCGGAACAUUCCAGAGACGGAGGCCUUAAGCAGCCCGUACAGAAUGAGAAGCCAGGCUUUGACAAUUUUGGCUAUGUGGGCAUUGAUUCCAUUCUUGAACAGAUGAGGAGGAAAGCUAUGAAACAAGGAUUUGAAUUCAAUAUAAUGGUUGUAGGUCAAAGCAGUCUGGGAAAGUCCACAUUAAUAAACACUCUAUUCAAGUCCAAAGUCAGCCGGAAAUCUGUCGAAGGGAAGGAAGAAAAGAUCCCACAAACAGUUGAAAUGAAGUCAAUCAGUCACGACAUCGAAGAAAAGGGUGUCCGGAUGAAACUCACAGUAAUCGAUACCCCGGGAUUUGGUGACCAAAUAAACAAUGAGAAUUGUUGGCAGCCCAUCAUGGAGUUUAUUAAUGAUCAGUACGAGAGGUACUUGAAAGAAGAGCUAACCGUCGAUAGGAAGAAGCGAAUCCCAGACACCAGAGUACAUUGCUGUAUAUACUUCAUUGCACCAACCGGGCACUCUCUUCGAACCUUAGACAUAGAAUUUAUGAGGCGGCUGAGCAAGGUGGUGAACAUUGUCGCCGUCAUCGCAAAAGCAGACACUUUAACGCUGGAAGAGCGGGACUUCUUCAAGGAAAAGAUCAAAAAAGACCUUCAGAAGCAUGACAUUGAUGUCUAUCCUCAAAAACAAUUUGAUGAAGAUGCGGAAGAUCGACUAUUAAAUGACAAAAUUAGAGAAAUGGUGCCUUUUGCUGUGGUGGGCAGUAACCUGGAGUACCAGGUAAAUGGACGGAGAAUCCUCGGCCGGAAGACAAAAUGGGGGACGAUUGAAGUGGAAAGUACGUCUCACUGCGAAUUUGCCUAUUUGCGUGAUCUGCUGAUAAGGACUCACAUGCAGAAUCUCAAGGAUGUAACCAACACCAUUCACUAUGAAUCAUACAGAGUGCAGCGACUGAGUGAGGGCAAUGGGUUUUCCAAUGGAGUGGCAGAGAAGGAUUUGAACAGCAACAUGUAAAAUGUGUUUGGCUUUUCCUACAGGCUGCUGAAUCUAUUUGACCAGCUAACAUUAAAAAGUAUGUGGUAGUGUAUUGGCACUGCUUGUCUUAAGAUUAUUUAUUCCACACUAGGCAGCUCUGUUCACAAAAAGAAUGACCGUUAACACAUCACAAAACCAAGUAUUGCUUUCUUGCUAUAUUUUUGUAUUGCUAACGUUCGUGAAUGUUCUUUAAAAUGAGACCAAAGGGGUUAUUGAGGAAUAUUUAGCAAGAAACUGCAAAAGUGACUUUUGUGUCUGAGAUUUUAUUUUUUAACGAAGCUAAAUUGUUCCGGGGGGAAACAAAACGUAAAAGCAAAACUGAUACAAUUUGCAAGCAAAACGCUUGUGUCAAUUUGUGAACAGAACGCUUUGUGGAUUAAAAAUUGCUUUUAAUACUAUUGCAGUGCUAAAGCUAAUUAAGUGUUUUACAGAACAAAAAAAAAUAAGAAAGUAAUUGCCUUAAUUAUUACUGCUCUAUUUAUUUUCAAUAUAUUACUAGCAUGUUUCAGUAUAUCAAAACACAGCCAACUGACCUGUAUUCAAGAAAAUCCCCAAACUGUCUUUCUUCCUUGACUGCUUUCAUUGGUGUUGAAAGUUAACACAACAUGGAAACUCGAAUAAUUGUGAAGUAAAGUGGAACCUGUUGAAAAAAAAACAAGCUUUGUAUAGCGAUGUAUACAAUAUUUUCACAACGGGUAGAAAGGAUGCUUCUUUGCCAAAAAUUGUACUACUCACUGAAAGAUAUAAAGAGUUUAGUUUCAUUAAAACAAGGCACUUCUUGGAUUUUUGUCCAUCUGAGCAAAGUGUAAAAGGAAUGUCACUCAGUACUUUGAAAAUGUAAUUAAUAAUAUUGAAAAUUGAAGCAUAUCUUUUGUCUUUCAUUGUAUGACCUUUGAUGUGCAAUUUGGGGGGUCUACAUUGUCAAAUUAGACUUUUUGUAUAAAAUAAAAAUGUGUGUUUGAUAUAUAUUUCCUAAAAUAAACAUUGCAAAUUUAAUGUUC